UAAGUUUCGGUUUUGUUACCCCGCCCCCAGCCCAAAGGCACUCACACACACACACACACACACACACUCACACACACACACUCACACACACACACGGAGUGUGAGCGAGCAGCAGUUUUUCUUGUUUUCCUUCCGUCGCCUCAGGAGGUACAUCAGGAAAAGUGUACAUUCGUCAGCCAUGGCCGCCAUCAGCAGCUCCAACACGUGUUUUGCCCUGGAGCUGUUCCGAACUCUGAGCCAAGCGAACCCCGCGGGGAACGUCUUCGUCUCCCCGCUGAGCAUCAGCUCGGCUCUGGCCAUGGUCUUCCUGGGGGCCAGAGGAGACACGGCUGCUCAGAUGUCACAGGCCCUGUCGUUCCGCUCGGGUGAAGCCGUCCACGCAGACUUCGAGACACUAAUCGGGGACAUCAACUCACCGUCGACAUCGUACAUCCUGAAAACAGCCAAUCGCCUGUACGGGGAGCUUACCGGCAAUUUCCUUCCUCAAUUCCUCGAAGCCACACAGAAAUACUACCAGGCGGACCUGAGGCCUGUGGAUUUCAUCGGAGCUCCAGAGGCGUGCCGAGGAGAGAUCAACGACUGGGUCGAGCAGCAAACAGAAAAUAAAAUAAAAGAUCUCCUGAAGCCAGGAACAGUCAGCACAAUGACACGGCUGGCUCUGGUCAACGCCAUCUACUUCAAGGGAAACUGGAUGAACCGCUUUGACGAAGCAAACACCAAAGAGAUGCCCUUUAAAGUCAAACAGAAUGAGACCAAACUGGUCCAGAUGAUGUACCAGAUGAAGAAGCUGCACUACAACUACAUCCCUGAGCACGGUCUGCAGAUCCUGGAGCUGCCCUACGUGGACGAGGAGCUCAGCAUGUUCAUCCUGUUGCCCGAGGAGUCCAACAGAGGCUCUGACCCUCUGCUGAAGCUGGAGAAGCAGCUAACGCAGGAGAGGCUGGACGAGUGGACCAGCAGGGAAAACAUGGACGCCGUGGACGUCUUCGUUCACCUGCCAAAGUUCAAGCUGGAGGAAGACUACGAGCUGAACCAGCCCCUGGCCAAACUGGGCAUGACGGACGUGUUCUGCUCGGCGAAGGCCGACCUGUCCGGCAUGAACGGCGAAGGGGGACUCUUCCUGUCCACGGUGGCCCACAAGGCCUUCGUGGAGGUGAACGAGGAGGGCACGGAGGCGGCCGCGGCCACGGCUGGCCUGGUGGCUUUCUGUAUGUUUAGGGAGGAACACUUCACGGCGGACCACCCCUUCCUCUUCUUCAUCAGGCACAACAAGACCAAGUCCAUCCUCUUCCUCGGCAGGUUCUCGUCCCCUCAGUAGAAGGAACCAGCAAAGGAAGAUGUGGGGCCACUUAAACGGCAACCCGUAAAAAAUAAAGGCUAUUUGCGUUGA